AUGGCAAACGACACUCUUGAGCAUCAUGGCGAUCAUAUUGACCUUGAUAAUAGUGUUGUCAAUAAGCUCGCUAGAUCAAAUCCAAAGGUAGCGAUACUCAGCAGCGAAGCCAAGCUGGCCACCGAAGCCGAGCACAAUAUGUCUAUACGAGACGCAAUCAGCCGAUACCCAAAAGCCGUUGCAUGGUCGAUACUCUUCUCAACCGCAAUCAUCAUGGAAGGAUACGACAUUGUCCUAGUCACCGCGUUCUUCGCAUAUCCCUCUUUUCAGGAGAAGUUUGGUGAACCGGUCAAAAACGGAACAAGUUAUCAGGUCAAAGCACCCUGGCAGUCUGGUCUUUCGAACGGUGCACGAGUUGGUGAAAUUAUUGGAUUGUUCAUUAAUGGAUUGCUUGCAGAGAUGUUCGGCAUGAAGCGAACUAUGAUUGGAACAUUAGUCAUACUCUGCGGUUUCAUCUUUAUCUCUUUCUUCGCUCAAAACAUACAAACACUGCUUGUUGCCGAGAUUCUCAUGGGAAUACCCUGGGGUGUCUUUCAAACUUUAACGACUUCGUACGCAGCUGAGGUCUGCCCGGUUGCUCUCCGAGGAUACCUUACGACCUAUGUCAAUAUGAUGUGGGGUGUUGGUCAAUUGCUCGCGACCGGAGUUCUACGUGCUCUGCUAUCGCGCAAGGACGAAUGGUCAUAUAGAAUUCCUUUUGCUUUGCAAUGGAUAUGGCCUGUCCCUUUGAUUGUUGGCAUUGCAUUUGCGCCGGAGUCUCCCUGGUGGCUUGUCCGCAAGGAACGCUACGAGGAGGCAAGAAAAUCGUUGAGAAGACUCACCUCUGCCCCGUCCGACUCCGAGCUUGACAAUACCAUCGCAAUGUUAAGGCAUAGCGACGAAAUUGAAAAGGAGCUUGUCGCCGGUACGUCUUAUCUGGAUUGUUUUAGAGGUAUCAAUCUUCGAAGGACGGAGAUUGCAUGUAUCGCAUGGGUUAUUCAGGCAGCAUCCGGGGCUUCACUCAUGGGCUACUCGGCCUACUUCUUUGAACAAGCAGGUCUUUCAACAACAAUUUCUUUUGAUUUUUCUAUUGCGCUUUAUUCUGUUGCUAUUUUCGGUGUUUUUAUUUCCUGGUGGGUAAUGACUUAUGUUGGUCGUCGUACUAUCUACAUUGGCGGCUUGAGUAUGCUGUUCCUCGUGCUUAUGGCAGUUGGCUUUUCGAGUUUAGCACACAGUACCGCUGCAAAUUAUGCUACAGGCAGUCUACUUCUGGUUUUCACACUCUUCUACGAUAUCACGAUCGGCUCAGUAUGCUAUUCGAUUGUGGCCGAGAUUCCAUCGAGCCGACUACGCACGAAGACAAUUGUCCUUGCUCGAAUCGCCUACAACAUCCAAGGCACCAUAAAUAACGUUAUUACCCCGGACAUGAUCAAUCCUACAUAUUGGAACUGGAAGGGCAAGGCCGGCUUUUUCUGGGCUGGGCUAUGUUUUAUUUGCUUGGUUUGGAGUUAUUUCCGGUUGCCUGAGCCCAAGGGACGAACAUAUGCCGAGUUGGAUAUUUUGUUUGAACAGAAAGUCUCCGCACGUAAAUUCAGCUCUACGCGGUUGAAUAUAUUUGAGGAUGUCGCUGUUGUCUCAUUAGAGGAUCAUACGCCAGUCAGCACCGAAAAAACAGAGUGA